AAUGAGCCGGAAUACCAGUGGCUCAAAGAACUAGGAUUACAAGAGAAAAAUCCGGGAGUAUACGAUGGAAAUAAGUGGUGUGGGAGUGGCUCAGUGAUUGAUUCAAUAUCUCCAAUUAAUGGCCGACCCAUUGCAGCCAUACAAGAGGGUAAUAAAGAUGAUUAUAAUAAUGCUGUCAUUAAUUCAAUGAACGCCUGGAAGAUAUGGAGAGAAGUACCAGGCCCCUUGAGGGGUAAUAUUGUGAGAGAAAUGAACGAGGAAUUUAGAAAAAAUAAAAAUAUAUUAGGGAAAUUAAUUGCUCUUGAAGUUGGUAAGUUGCAGUACGAAGGUUUUGACGAAGUUGAUGAUUACAUUAAAUGUUGUGACCUUGCGGUCGGACUCUCUCGUAUGAUAGGAGGACACAUCUUUCCAUCAGAGAGGCCAGGUCAUAUGUUAAUGGAACAAUGGAACCCAUAUGGGCUAGUCGGAAUCAUCACGGCUUUUAAUUAUCCAGCAUCUGUCUUUGGUUGGAACCAGUCCCUUAGCCUAGUGUGUGGUAACUGUACUGUAUGGAAGGGAGCUCCCAGUACUCCAUUAACUCAGAUAGCAGUUAGUAAGAUAAUAGAGAGAGUGUUGACAAGUAACUCUAUACCAGCUGGAGUAUGUACUAGUGUCUGUGGUGGGUCUGAUAUCGGAGAGUCAAUGUGUAAAGAUAAAAGAAUUAAUGUAUUAUCAUUUACUGGAAGCACUCAAGUUGGUCGUAAAGUAGGUGUGAUAGUCCAGGAAAGGUUUGGUAAGAGUAUACUAGAACUGGGAGGUAACAACGCCAUACUGGUUGAUGAAACUGCUGACCUGGAUAUACUGAUGAAUGAACUGUACAACGGACUGUUUGUAGCCAAUGGACAGUGCUGUACUUCUACAAGGAGACUGAUAGUACAUGAUAGUCUUUACGAUGAAGUGUUGAGAAGGUUAUUGAAGAUGUACAGCAAAACAAAAGUGGGAGAUCCUUUUGAUGGUAAUAGCUCUAGCAACAUUAUAUUGGUAUCAUUAUAUAUACAUUAUAUAUGUUAUAUUGAUAUAAGAUAUCGUUAUGUU